CUUCCUUAAACCGUUACAGGUAAUACCAGUUCAAAAAAUUCAAGACCGCAACGAAAAUUUGACGUGUUCGUUUGGUUGAACAGUAGGGUUGUGUUCACUAAUAAGCGAUUAUAUAUGUAUAUAUUAGGUUUCCAAUGGGUGAAGGAGCAGUUCCUCUUGCCACUUCACUGAUUGAACAUCAAAUAUGGUGCUGUUGAUCUCAGUUCUGUGCUCUCUUAUGAUAAUGAUACGGGAGGCGGAUGUCGCUCCAUCGUUCUCAAGACCUUAUCAAUAUGUGGAACCACUUCCUGGAUUAAUCCCUGUCUAUAUAAGGCCCGGAAACACUCCACUAAGGGACAUAAACCCAGAUCUGGCCAAGGCUUUCGAAAUAUAUGAACAAAAACACGGUAGAUUCGACUAUGGCCGAUCAACCAAAAACCAAGAAAUUCACAAAAUCGAUAUCGCUGAAGUCAAGCUACCAGAAGAAGAUAACGAUAUUGUUCCUCCAACAAAACGGAAGGAAACGGUAAUCAACCUGAAUGAACUGUCGUUGGGAGUACCCGUAGCUAUAGCAUUACCAGAUGAACCAAAAUUCAUACAUAUACAGAAAAUUCCUAGAAAAAAUCUUUAAUUGAGUAUUUUUUUUAUCAUUGUAAAUAGUGUAUUUAGAAUAAAAAUCGAUCUAUAACCCA